AUGAGUGGACGACGAGGAAGACCGCUGACCGGUGCCCAAGGCAACCGGGCCAUCCCUACUCCAGUUCCUAGACCCAUUCCUGAGCCUGCACCUGUUCCUACCCCUACACCUCCACCUGCACCAACCACUCCAGCAGAGUCAGUGGCAGACUUGCGCCAGGAGGUUGGUGAGCUGAGGGGCACCAUGACUGCUAUGUUGAGGCACUUUGAGAAUUUUAUGGCAUAUCAAGGAAGGCAAGAGCAAGUACCAUCUGGAGCAAGGAAUGAACCAGGCCUAAAUGAGAACGUUAAUGGUCAGACUUCAAACCCAGUGCCAAAGGAGGUGGAGCCCCAUGGAGUGGAUGGCAAUACCGGGAGCCAGUUGGUACAAAAUUUCAUGGCACUGAGACCUUCAGAGUUCCUUGGAGGGACCGACGCCUUGGCAGCAGAGGAGUGGAUGAUGGCAAUGGAGAAGCACCUCCGGACGAUAGGGUGCAAUGACACCCAUAAGGUACAGUUGGCUACAUAUCUAUUUCAAGGAGGAGCCGAGAGGUGGUGGGAGACAGUUCGACAGAGGUUUGUGGGCAGGGAGCCGUCAUGGGCGGAGUUCAGAGAGCUUUUCAAUGCCAACUACUUCCCAGCUUGGGUCCGAGAUCAGAAUACAUAUGAGUUUAUUGAGCUGACACAGGGCAAUAGGACGGUGGCGCAGUAUGAAGAGGAGUUCAUCUCUCUAGCACGAUUCGCUCCUGAGUUGGUAUGUACCGAAGAAAAGAAAGCAUCCAAGUUCCAAAGAGGUCUGCGAGUGGACAUCAGAUUUCACCUAGCUGGUGCACAGAUCAUAGAGAAGGAGAGGAGUGAGCUAAGGGCUGUUCAGGCAGCCGCUAGGGGGUCAGGUUCAGCUCGGGGGCAAGGCAAUGACAGGAAAAGGAAGGGAGCACCGGGGUUUUCUGGUAAUGUAGCUGACAUUCCUCCCUGCACCACUCCUGGGAAGCAACAUCGAGGUGUAUGUAAGGCGUGCUACGGUUGCGGGCAGUUGGGGCACAUGAAGAACGAUUGUCCACAAGGGAAAGGUAUUACGGGCAACAGGGAGGUGACUUGCUACCGGUGUGGAAGAAAGGGGCAUACGUCUAACGUUUGCAGACAACAACCACAACAAGGAGGACAAAGGUAUGGGAACCAAGGCAACAAGAUGGGACAGAGGCAAUCAGUGCCGAGACUUCAGGGGAUAGCACCACCAUUGGCACCGCCACCAGGACAGGGCACCACAGACAUUGGUCGACCCCACACCCAGGGACGAGCAUUCGCUUUGACGUCAGUAGAGGCAGAGAAGGGAAAGGACACUGUGCAAGGUAUUCUCUCCCUAUAUGACAUUGAUGUGCGUGUUUUGUUUGACACGGGGUCUACACAUUCAUUUGUUGCACCUAGGAUCGUGUGCCACAUUCCAUUCUCUAGUACAUUGUUGCCUAAUUAUUUGAUCGUGUCUACACCGGGAGGAGUCAAAUUAGUUGGGAGUGAAGUCUAUAGAGACUGCAAGAUUAUGGUGCAUGAUAAGGAGUUACCCGAGGAUUUGAUAAUCUUAGACAUACAUGAUUUUGAUCUUAUUUUGGGCAUGGAUUGGUUAUCCUGA